AUGAAGAAAAUCGACAAAAUUUUGCCGCUGACCCUCACCAACAAUUUUCAUCUAUACAAAAGUUUAAAAAUAAAAUUUAAAAAAUUACAAGUAAUAUUACUUUUAAGUUUUGAACAUUCAUUAGAAGAAAGGCAUAAUGAAAGGGAUAAUGUUGGUAAUGUACAAGAUAGAAGGACAGCUUUUGCUGCUCCAACAAAUAAUAUUUUAAGACCACAACAAAAACAACCUUUUAAUUCUGUUGCAUUGAAUGGAGAAAAUAAACAAUUUUUUAAAAUUCAUUACCGAGAUGGAAUACAAAAAGCAAUUUUUGAUGAAACACAGAGACGUGCCCCACCUGAUUUUGAAUCAUCAAUAUUUGUUCCUUUAAUUUAUCGAAAUGAAACUUCUUCUGAGGAAGCUUCAAAUGAAAAGAAAAAAUUAUUUUUAACUUUAAGACCACAAAAAGUUCAACCGACUGUUAGGCCAUUAGUGGCACCUGAAUUAAUUGGGAGACAACAAAUUAGUGUUAGAACAACAAGUCCACGUCCAACAACUCCAAUAAUUGGAAGGCCCCCUUCACAACAAACAUUUGCUCAACUUGUCCCCUCACAAACAGUUCUUCCUAUUCAACCAACAACUAUCCGUCCAUUACCACAACCUAAUAGAAGACCUCCUCCACAACAACCCCAAUUCCCUCAACAAGGAUUUCAACAACAAUCCCGUUUUAUUUCAACACCCCCAACAACACAACAAACAAGUUUUCAAACAUCAAAUAACCCUAUACCAAAUGAAAACAUUGCAAGUAUUCGGACUGGGGUUUGCCAACAAAGUAUUUUCUAUACAACACAACAAGUUACCGGUGUUGAUAUUUUAAAAGCCUAUACUCACUUUGCUGUUGUUGUAUCUGUUGAUCAAUGUGCCCGAACUUGUCAUGAAUUUAAUUGUGAUGUUGCAAUUCUUGAUCCAAAUACUAGACAUUGCCAAUUUAACCCUUCAACAGCAUUUCGUCUUUCAACUGAAUGUCCACAAUGGCCGAAUCCUUUGUACAGGAAUAAUGCAGUUUUGGGCACUGAAUUAAUCAGAAUUCAAUGUAUAACAUGCCAGCGAAAGAAAAAACGUGUUGUAUUCCUUCCAAAUGCUCAACGAUUACCUCCAUUAGCUUUUGCAAAUUUACCUUCACCUAAUUUUAAUAAUCAACAACAACAAACUUUUAAUCUGAGACAUCCACAAUUUCCUCAAUUUAAUGAAAAUAAUCAAAAUAGUGAUUCUAUACAAAGAGUAGCUAAUGCUGUAAAAACAACAAAUUCCAACAGUUUUGGAAAAAAUCCUCUUAUUCGUCCGCCGAUUACUGCAAUGGGUAGAAGGACAGAAUUAGUAAGAGAUGGAUUUCAUAAAAUAAAUAGGCUAAUAAAAUCAGUAGAAGAAUAUUUUGAUUUAGAGAAUGAUAAUAGUAAUGAUGAAAUAAUAAAGAGGAAUGAAACUUUAAAUGAUGGAAAUGUCAUUCAAAGACCGAUAAUCGAGAAAAAAAAUUUAAGAAUAAAAGAAGUAACUUCUUGGCGUGAAGGCCAUCCACAAGGUGAUGGCUUUAGUCCUCUUAAAAUUAAUCCAUUGAGGAAUUGGAGAAGGCCUCCAAUCAUUAAAGAUAAUUUUGAGGACAUUAACAACAACAAUAAUCCUUUAUUCCCUUUACAGCCAAUUUUUCAUUCUACAGACAGUUUAUUGCUUAAAAGAGUAGAUGGGGGAAUAACUGCUGCUAAUGAAUUUUCUCUUUUGAGGAGAAGAAGAACAAAGCGAGAAAUGCUAUUUAAUUAA